CACAUACAUACAUCCACAUUGAGAAGCAAAUUUCCCAUCAAAAUUCUCAAGUAUGAGAACCAAAGCAAGCAACCAAAACAGGUUCAUGCGAUUCAUUACGAUACCAAUUAGGGCUUUGGGCAAAGCCAGAGACUUCUACGUUCGAAGCAUUACAGACUGUUCGGAAAGGGUUAGCUAUGGCAGCGCGAUGGGCAUUCAAUCGGGACCGAUCCAUAGCUUGCCGAAGAGCUUCAGCGUGAGCUCUUCGUCGAGAUCAUCGUCUGCGGAUAGCGAUGAUCUGAGAGAGCUGAUUAGGGUUGCAUCGACGAGGAGAUUGGGAGUUGAUAUGGAUAUGGAUAUGCAGAGGCGGCAGAUGAGGCGGUCCACGGCGGCGGGGGUGGUGCCAAGGAGCUGUAGUGUUGGGAUGGGGAGGAUUGAUGAAGAGAGGCCUUGUGAGUUUGGGGAUAACAAUUGCAACAGUGUUAAUGUUAGGAAGGAGUUGUUGGUGUAUCCUAGAAGCAGAAGUUAUGCUGUCACAAAGACAAGUGCUGUUGCCUUUUGAUCUC